AUGAUUUUUACAAUAUUAUCAAGUUUAUUAUUUCUACAGAUAAGUGGACAAUGCUUUGAUAAGCGUAGACAAAUUGUCUUCAAUGCAAGCGAUGAUGAACCGGUGACCAUAAGGACUCCAGAUUACCCGGAAUUCUAUGAUCAAAGAGCCAAUUGCGAAUGGACGUUCGAGGCCUCACCAGCUCACUCAUUGUCCUUAACAAUUUUGAAUUUCGAAACGGAUUAUGAAUACGAUUAUGUGAAAAUCUAUGAAAGAUUAACGUUAAAUGAAAAGAAUGUUUUACUUCCAAUACAAAAACUUACGCAUCAAAGCCAGGAUAAUGAGAACGCGAACUUUUAUGGCCGUGCUUUUCAAAUUGUCUUGUACAGUUCAUUUUACAAUGACGAGGGAUUUAAAUUUCAGCUGAUCGUGCGUCAGGAAACUGCUCAACAAGCAAGGCAAAGGAAUUGUGGUCUCGAUCGCGUUGUUAACGUUACUGAUAGUUUAAAGAAAAUAAGUUCCACGUUUCAAGAAGAAAUGGAAAGCGAUGAAUGCUCGGUCAUCUUUGUGGCUCCGCCAAAAAAGUCUAUUCAAUUUUCGUCGAGCGAUUGCUCUUCCAAUGAUUGCAAAUGGAUUUUAGGCAAAAAAUAUCGGCUUUUGGAGAUGACGUCAUCUCUAAUUGACAAUUUGGCACUCGUAAAUGAGCGUCCUAUCUGUGAUAAUGGGCCAGAAAAAAGUAUCUAUGCUUAUUUGUUAGCUUUGGCAACAUCCCAAAGCUAUCACAAUAUAGUUCUACUGCAGCUUUGUCGCAGGUCGCAAAACUCACUAGAGUUUUCAGUACAAACUCAUCCCGAUCGCUGUGUUUGCAUUUGGCCAAAAAUCACGCUGACUUUUGAUACUGGAAUUCUGAUGCCGGGGAUCCCAAUAGGUGCUUGUGAUCUAGUUCCUUGUGAAUCUGAAGUCACCGCAGUCGAGAACAACAACGAAACUCAUUAUGAGAGAGUGCGAUUGGAAUCAGGGUUUAUUUUGGAUUCUUUCGGAUUUGUGAUCGAAAUGAAAGGUUUCGAAACGAAUGGUUCGGCAAUUAUGACCUCGAGUUCCCGAGCUUUUCAUUCUAUGUCACCGGUGUGGACGCUUCCCACCUCUUUUGUGAUCAAAUAUCAUCGAAAUCUGCAUGAGAUUAAUUUCACCUUAAUCCACGUUCCAAAAGAAUGCAAAUGUUUCCCAGACACAACCGAUGCAUUUCUUAUUUUGAUGGAGUCAUUUGAAAAUAAACAGCUUUUAUUUGAUAUUGGAGAAGAUUGCCCACAACUCGAUUGCUUCAUCAAGAUCAGAAAUGAUCCGAAAAGACAUCUAUCGAUAACUUGGGCUUCCGACGAUAAAAAUUUUUCAAAACAAUGGAGUCUCAUAUUUGCGAUGGAUCAAGAAAUUAAAAGUUCGUUUCGCCCGGGUAACUCUUAUGUGAGAAAAUUUGCCACCGACGAUUACCCCACUCCCAAGAAGCCAGUCAACUUCAUUUAUCUCCAUUUUGUCUCAAAUCCAUCUGUGCUAGUGUCGAAGAAAGCUUGGAAUGUCAAUGUUACAAUGCAAUGGAAAGAGGCAAUUACUUGUGGACAAUCCGAGUUUUCUCUUGACGAGAAGCCGAUUUUCAUCUCGUCUCCAGGUUUUCCUAAAAUCUAUCCUAAAAGUAUGAACUGCUCCUAUCUGAUCAAAGCACCCGAAGGAGCAAAAAUAAGAUUCAAAGUGAUGGUUCGAUCGAUGAGUUAUUAUGAUAGGCUCACAUUUGAGGAACAUGAAGUUAUUUACAGCAUCGAUUCCACUUCAGAGAUUCGAAUGACUGAACAUAAUGAAGUGCUAUUUCGAUUUGUCAGCUUCACCGGAUAUUCAGCACCAUAUAGAGGCUUUCAAAUCAAACUCGAAUCUUAUUGGAUAAAUGGAAAACCGACGUCACACACUGGAACUUACAUUUCAUUAGCCAUGACCGAUUCCAUUCAAAAUCUACCCCCACCGCCAGCUUAUGAUGAAAUUGACAAAACCACCGAAUAUUUUCCGGCAGGCCCUGGUGGAGCUCGAUUUCAACAAAAUCAAUUUCACCCACCCCCACCUUUUGAUCCACCAUCAAAUGUUUCCACACAAGUGAUCAUCCUUGAACAUCGAGCCAUCACUGAACCGGACUACUUGACACCCCGUCAGAAGCUAAUAUUGAUCAUUUUGAUGUUCAUUCCAAUUACUUGGCCAUUUUUGGGUAUCCUUCUAAUGAUUUUGGCUUGUAAAGGAGAUCAAAAUGGGAAAUUUAUGAGAAGACCUUUCAUUCAUGGACUUUUUCUUAUCAAUCUCACAUUAGUACUUGUUGCCAUUGUUGUUUUUUCUGUAGUCAGUUCU